UUACCACUUUCAUGACGCACGAGAAAGAGAGAAACGGAUAGGGUAGGAGUCCCUCGUCUUUCUUUUCACCUUCUUGUCACAGACAAGAAGGCUUACGCUCUACCAGCAUGGCAACGAUACCUCACACCACAGCGCACAUUAGCACCAGCCCUCUAAAUCCAUCAGCCUUUCCUUUUGCAACCUCCACAAAAAGAGCAAAGAAAUUUCCUCAAGUUUUUAGGUGCGCAUUGUCCACCCCAAAGUGGCAGCAGAGCAGCAGCAGCAGGCGAUUAGUCUCAAUCUCUCUCCUUGCCUCUCAUCUCUUCACUUUCCCUAAUCAUGCAAAAGCUGCUAGCUUUUUGGAUAAGUAUGUGAAAAAGAAAAAGCUUGACCCACUCGAGGCUUAUGUUCCUGCUGUUAUAUUAACCCAAUUUCAGAUUAAGGACUUGGAGAAAACCUUGGAGGUUGAUCAACCCCAAUUUGCUAAUUGCCGGUCUCUACUACGUUCUGGUCCUGCAGCAUCUCUUCGUGUAAAUAUUCGUGCAGUGGCACAAUAUGCUUCAGAUGCUGGAAGUGGCAACACUGCUUUCAAUGAUGUUGAUCAAUGUCUCAGAGCUUUAGAGGAGCUUGAUUCCUUACUCCUGCAUGCAUCAAGAAAUGAACCGGAUGCUUCUGUCAAGUCGAUGAGGGCAAAAAUAAGCGUCGCCUUGGAUGCCUUAGACAGCCUUCUCAACACUGUCCCUCCCGAUGUCUUAAAUAAAGGGAAGGCCAUUGCUGAUGCCUAUAGAAGCCCAGAAGAAGAAAAAGAACCAGAAAUCUUAGACCCAGAAUUGAAGGAGUUGGAAUCAAUAUUAUGAUAUCAUUUAAAUUAUUACGUUUUGUAGGUAUACUAGCACAGUUGAGACUCCAUUGUACUAGAAUCAAAUCACCACUGGAAUGCAUGCAUGUCUUGAUGAAUUCUCUUUUUACAGAAAAAAUGAAAAUGUCAGACGUGAGAAAUGACA